CGCGUUCCAUGCCACUCCAAACUCAAUCAUCACCACCAACCUCAUCACACCACAUCCGCCUGUCGUGCAAGCUGGCCAAAUGUCGUCUUCAAGUUCAACAUGGGCCAGCGAACGUUCACGGUCAUCCCGAAAUUCCCGGGUCGUGCUGAUUCUCCCGACAAACCGCCCUUACGGCCCAUGACCUCGAAACAAGUCCGGAACGCCUACAAAGCAGCCAACAAGGGUCCUAAACUCACACGGGAGGAGUCACGGAGACAAGAGAGGGCCGAACAGGAAAGAAUCAGAAAGGAGUUCGAACGGGAGAAGGCUGCUGCCAAGGCGAAGGUUGCGAGGGACAAGAAGAAAGAGAAAGAGUUGGCGGAGAAAGAAGCGAAACGAAAGAAAGGAUUGCCUUUGGUGAAUGUUCGACCCAGUCAGGAAACAAUUUCAUGGUUUGUGAGAGGGAAUGGUACUUCAAAGAAGAGAGAUGCCCAAGGCAACGACAUUCAAGACGACAAUGCGACGUCGAAUGAGAGUAAUACGGACACGAAUGAAGCGAUAACAAGCGAAGAACAACCACAACAACCGGCGACCAAGGCGCAGAAGCUUGAUGACAUACAGGAAGACGAUGAAGAAAUUUCUGAUGCUGCUGUGGAAGCCAUUGUCGAGGACCUACCAAAACCGCUACGGGAAUCAUCAAAGCCUCAAUCACCUGAGGCGGAAAAAGAGACAAUCGCAGAACCUACAGAACAAACAACAGCCCUUGUUGCAUCGGAAACGGCACUAGAAAAACCACCAAUGCCCGAAAUAGAGCUAGAAGGAUUAGAGGACGAAUUAGAUGCGGAUUUCGAGGAAGAUCUGGCCCUGGGAAUUCUUGAGGAUAUUGAAGCAGCUAUGGGCAAUCCAAAAUCCAAUAUGAAUCACGGAGUCCAAAAGAUCUGCAACCAAAUACCAGAAGAAGCACUUGUCACGACGAAGAAACCACUGGAAGUCACUAGGAAUGACAUCUCAAAUCGCUAUGCAGAAGAUUUGGGCUUAAAGCGACCUGCUUCUCCAGUCUCUUCUGCCAAACCGCCUCUUCCACAACGCAAUCUGGAAUCACGAUCCCCAAGUCCACCACACCAAGAACCACCCAUGAGCACGCAAGCGAUUCUCUACAACCUGGAUGAUUUCUUCCCUUCAUCAUCUCAACAAGUCCGAGAACUUGAGGAAGAGCUGGAUGAGGGCAUAAUGCCAUCUGCUCCCUUACACUUGACCCCUAUUGCAGAAGAAGAGGAAGAGGAAUCUUUCGAUGAAGGACUGGAGAAAUCCUCAGAACAGCCCCCCUUACCAGCACUUGAACCUGCCUCGGACUCGCCACCUCCACCACCAAGACGUUUUUUCACUUCUUCCGGCUCACACGAAAGAAUGUGUCUAGCUAUUCAGAGAAGUCGUCGUACAGCUGCGCUUGAGAAGAUCCAGCAACGCGAGCUCGCUCGCAUGCAGGCUGGUAUGAUAGAGCAAGCUCAAGCAGAGUCUCGCAGAAUUUGCAAACCGCGUGAACCUAUGAGAAAACCACCAGUGUUUUCCAACCCUCCUCCACAUGCAGCUCAAUGCAAUCAGCCACGAAAACCUCCGUUUAAGACAUCACCAACACUACAGAAAACACCACACACUAGUACGACAACUUCCGCAAAGCGAACUGAGCCUCAACAAUCUAAACAACCUCUUGAGAAACCCUUACCUAGACUAUCCAACAACCCCAACAUUAUGAACCCUCGGAUUCCACCAAAACGAGUAGAGACUCCAAAACAACACCUACCACCACUUCAGCAAGAAAGCAAAGAGAACCAGAAGCCGCCACAACAGCCUUUUGCACCUAGUGCUUCGCAAGAGUCAUAUGGCGGCGAAUGGGUCGACGAUUUGGACCUAGACCUCAUGAUAUAACGAUAAACAUGUACAUUGGAUGACGACUACCGAAAUGGCCGAAUUACACAACACUGAGAGGAAUUACAGCAUGGCAUGGGAUCGCACGAUGGCUCGGAGUUAAGGGCAUCAUAUCACCCUUUUGUAUGGGUGCUGGGUGGCAAAUUAUGCAUAUUUCUCACGACAUAGCGACGGCGUUUAGAAUAUUAUCCUGUUUUAUUUGAGAAGUUUACCUUAGUCUAAGGAUUAGUGAUGCUCUUGGACCAAGCUAUCCUUACUUUCAACCCCUGAUCCUCCCCAUGAAAUCACAUAUAUCACCGCUAUACUGUAAAAAAAAGCCCUGCAGACUUCAGGG